UUUGCCAAUCUGUGCACUUUUGGCAACUUUUCGACGGUGUUAUUCAUCUCAGUCGACCGGUAUUUGGCGGUUGUUUGGUCCACUCGAUUCCCGUCUACCCGUACGAGAGUCUCCAUUAUGAUAGCUAUCGCCUGGAUAUUAUCGCUGCUUGUUGGUGGAGCACCCUUGACUGAGCGUCUUUCGUACUUCCACUACAGCAGCUCGACCCAUCACUGCUCGCCAUCAUGGAUGAACUGUUUCUUCUACAUCUUCAACCUCACAUUUAUCUACGGAUUGGCAGUCCCCACCAUGUUGAUCUCACAUGUUUCCAUCAUCUACACACUGAGGGUUAAGGAGAAGAAGCUGAGAUCGUAUGGACUCAGCAAGUCGGGGAAAGCUCAAGCAAGCCGUUCUGAAGACCGCAUCCCCACUAUCACCGGCUCAGCGACAAUGGGACCUGGCAUGUCCAUGGAAGGCAAGUGGUGUUGA